AGGCGAGACCCAACUCGGAACUCUUUUUCGUGGCGGAGGCUGCAGCGGCCGUGGACAUUUCACGACGGGGGGAGGUGCUGUACGUCCAAGAUGGCGGCGCCCUGUAGGCUGGAAGAACUGUGAGUGACCAUGAAAGACACCAGGUUGACAGCACUGGAAACCAAAGCACCAGUUGUCCCCAGAACAGUCUGGUAGGGGCGCCAAUGAAGAGCCCGCAGAGUCGCUACUGCACGUCCCGGACCCGGCGCGGCGCAGUCGUGUAAGACAAUGGCCCAGCAAGCGAAUAUCGGGGAGCUCCUGUCCAUGCUGGACUCCCCCUUGCUGAGUGUGCGCGAUGACGUGACAGCUGUCUUUAAAGAGAACCUCAGCUCUGACCGUGGUCCGAUGCUCGUCAACACCCUGGUGGAUUAUUACCUGGAAACGAAUUCUCAGCCGGUAUUGCACAUCCUGACUACCUUGCAAGAGCCUCACGACAAGCACCUCUUGGACAAAAUGAACGAGUGCAUGGGCAGAGCCGCCUCUCGGCUGCCCGCGCUGUCGCUGCUGGGGCACGUCAUUAGGCUGCAGCCGCCGUGGAAGCACAAAUUCUCCCAAGCACCUCUUUUGCCUUCUUUACUCAAAUGUCUCAAGAUGGAUACCGAUGUCAUCGUCCUCACAACAGGUGUCUUAGUGCUGAUCACCAUGCUGCCCAUGAUUCCACAGUCGGGGAAGCAGCACCUUCAUGAUUUCUUUGAUAUUUUUGGCCGUCUUUCGUCGUGGUGCCUGAAGAAACCAGGCCACGUGACAGAGAUCUAUCUUGUCCAUCUCCACGCCAGUGUUUAUGCUCUCUUUCAUCGCCUCUACGGAAUGUACCCCUGCAACUUUGUCUCCUUUCUACGCUCUCACUACAGUAUGAAGGAGAACUUGGGCACUUUCGAAGAAGUGGUCAGGCCAAUGAUGGAGCACGUGCGAAUUCACCCGGAAUUAGUGACUGGAUCCAAGGACCACGAACUGGACCCUCGAAGGUGGAAGAGAUUAGAAACACACGAUGUUGUAAUAGAGUGUGCCAAAAUCUCUCUGGACCCCGCAGAAGCCUCGUACGAAGACGGCGACUCCGUGUCCCCGCAGGUGUCCGCGCGCUUUCCUCAUCGUGCGGCCGAUGUGGCCGCCAGCCCUUACGUCGACAUGCAGAAUAGCUGUGGGAGUGCUACCUCGACCCCGUAUUCCAGCUCUCGGCUGACGUUGUUAAAUAUGCCCGGGCAGCCACCUCAGACUCUGAGUCCCCCAUCGACACGGCUGUUGACUGAGCCGCCACAAGCUGCUCUCUGGAGCCCAUCUACGGUUUGUGGUAUGACCACUCCUCCAACGUCUCCUGGAAAUGUCCCACCUGAUCUGUCACACCCUUACAGUAAAGUCUUUGGUACAACUGGUGUAAAAGGAACCCCUCUGGGAACCCCAGCAACGUCUCCCCCUCCUGCCCCGCUCUGUCACUCGGACGACUACGUGCCCAUUUCCCUACGGCCGGCCACAGCCACACCCCCCAAGAAGGAAGAGAAAACAGAUUCAGCAAGGCCCUGUCUACAUAGACAGCACCAUCUCCCGAAUGACAGAGGAUUAGAAGAGCUACCUGGCAGCAAAGGUUCUGUCACUCUAAGUGACCUUCCAGGGUUUUUAGGAGACCUCGCCUCCGAAGAGGACAGCAUCGAGAAAGCUAAAGAAGAAGCGGCGAUCUCUAAAGAACUGUGCGAGAUCACGACGGCCGAGACCGAGCCCCUGGUUCCUCGAGGAGGCUUUGACUCUCCCUUCUACCAGGACAAUCUCCCGGGCUGUCCUCGCAAGAACCAUUCGGCCACCUCUGGCGCUCAGGGCGCCAGUGUGAACCCUGAGCCUUUAAACUCCUCCCUGGACAAGUGUGGGCCUGACACACCAAAGCAAGCCUUUACUCCCAUAGACCCGCCCUGCGGAGGCACCGCCGAGAGCCCUGCCGGGCACAGGGAGCGCCAGACUUCGCUGGAGACCAGCAUCCUCACUCCCAGCCCUUGUAAAAUUCCGCCUCAGAGGGGAGUGGGGUUUGGAAGUGGGCAGCCUCCCCCUUACGAUCAUCUUUUUGAGGUGGCAUUGCCAAAGACCGCCCAUCAUUUUGUCAGCAAGAAGACCAAGGAACUGUUAAAGAAAGCAAAAGGAAACGCAGAGGAAGACUAUCCGCCCUCGACCUCCCCCGCGGAAGUCCUAGACAGGCUGGUCCAGCAGGGAGCGGACGCACACAGCAAGGAGCUGAGCAAGUUGUCCUUACCCAGCAAGUCUGUCGACUGGACCCACUUUGGAGGCUCUCCUCCCUCAGAUGAGAUCCGCACCCUCCGUAACCAGCUGCUCUUACUGCACAACCAGUUACUGUAUGAACGUUUCAAGAGGCAGCAGCACGCACUCCGGAACAGGCGGCUCCUCCGCAAGGCGGUCAAGGCGGCGGCCCUGGAGGAGCACAACGCGGCCAUGAAAGACCAGUUGAAGUUGCAAGAGAAGGACAUCCAGAUCUGGAAGGUCAGCGUGCAGAAGGAGCAGGCCCGGUGCAGCCAGCUGCAGGAGCAGCGAGACACGAUGGUGGCCCAGCUGCACAGCCAGAUCCGACAGCUGCAGCAUGACCGCGAGGAGUUCUACAACCAGAGCCAGGAGCUGCAGACGAAGCUGGAGGACUGCAGGAACAUGAUCGCGGAGCUGCGUCUGGAACUGAAGAAGGCCAACAGCAAGGUGUGUCACACCGAGCUGCUGCUCAGUCAGGUGUCCCAGAAGCUCUCGAACAGUGAGUCGGUCCAGCAGCAGAUGGAGUUCUUGAACCGCCAGCUCUUGGUCCUUGGGGAGGUCAACGAGUUGUAUCUGGAACAACUGCAGAGCAAGCACUCAGACACCACAAAGGAGGUGGAGAUGAUGAAAGCUGCGUGUCGGAAAGAACUAGAAAAAAACAGAAGCCACGUUCUCCAGCAGAAUCAGAGGCUUGAUACCUCCCAGAAACGGAUUUUGGAACUGGAAUCUCACCUGGCCAAGAAAGACCACCUUCUCUUGGAGCAGAAGAAAUAUUUAGAAGAUGUCAAAGUCCAGGCAAGAGGACAGCUGCAGGCGGCAGAGAGCAGGUAUGAGGCUCAGAAAAGGAUCACCCAAGUGUUUGAAUUGGAGAUCUUAGAUUUAUACGGCAGAUUGGAGAAGGACGGCCUCCUGAAGAAACUUGAAGAAGAAAAGGCAGAAGCAGCUGAAGCGGCAGAAGAAAGGCUUGCCUGUUGCAAGGACGGCUGCCCGGAUUCUGUAACAGGGCACAACGAAGAGUCAUCUGGCUACAACGGCGAGACCAAGCCCCCUCGACCCGGGGGUGGCAGCGCAAGUAGAGGGGCUGGAGGUGGCAGCGGCGGCGGCGGCGGCAGUGAGCUCUCGACCCCGGAGAAACCCCCUAGCCAGAGGGCAGGCCUGUUCAGCAGUCGGUGGGAAACUGCCAUGGGAGGGUCCGCCACCAGCAUCCCCACGACCGUCGGCUCCCUUCCCAGCUCAAAAAGCUUCCUAGGCAUGAAGGCACGAGAGUUAUUUCGUAAUAAGAGUGAGAGCCAGUGUGAUGAAGACGGCGUGACCAUCAGUAGCCUUUCUGAGACGCUAAAGACAGAACUGGGCAGAGACCCGGGUGCGGAAGCCAAGACCCCCCUGAACCUCGACGGCCUGCACCCUUCCCCCCCAAACCCGGACAGUGUUGGACAGCUGCACAUCAUGGACUACAACGAGACUCAUCAUGAGCACAGUGAAGGAUGACGGUCAAUCAGUGUUAACUUGCAGGUUGCUGGCUUAGAACAGGAGGUGUGAAUGCACGUGCCCAGGCUUUCCUGUUUCCGGGGUCUGGGUGGCUAGCUCACGCGGUGGCAACGGGAUGGAGGUCCUUUUGACAGUUGACUGAACGCAGAACGGUUUUUGGAUCUGGCAUUGAAAUGCCUCUUAAGUCCCCCCUCAGCCCGCUCCCCAGCCUGUCUUGUUCACCCGCCAGUGUGGGCUAAUCCGAGGGCCAGCUCCUCAGUAGCUUUAUUUUCUUCCUUUCCCCGCAAUGGUCGCACCCUUUGAACCUGUGCAAUAUGAGGCCAGAUUGAAUCUUUGAGUCUAA